AUGGUGCUGUUCACCACUAAGUUUGUCCAGAGAGCUUCGCUCUUUGUGUCCUUCGGAGGUUUAAUCACGACGUUUAUUACAACCUUCCUGCCACUAUGGAAGACGAUGAACUCCGAUUUGAAUGAGAUGGAGAACUGGUAUGAGGGUCUCUGGCACAUGUGUAUCUACACGGAGGAAGUUGGAUUGCACUGCAAAGCCUUCGAGUCUUUCUUGGCCCUGCCACCAGACACUUUGGUUUCACGGGUUCUCAUGUGCAUUUCCAUCGCGACGGGAUUUCUCGGUGUAGCGGCUGCUUUUUUUGGACUCCAGGGUGUUGAGAUUGGUGCCGGGCGGGAGAGGAUGAAGAGGGCUCUGCUUAUCCUCGGUGGAGUGUUUAUCGUGGUGUCAGGGAUCACGACCCUCGCACCCGUUUCAUUUAUGGCGUACAUAAUGGUAGUGAAAUUCUGGGAUGAGAAUCUUCCAGAUGUGAUGCCCAGAUGGGAGUAUGGAGAGGCCAUGUUUUCUGCCUGGUUUGCUGGACUUCUGUUAGUUGUCGGAGGGGCUUUUCUCUUUGUUGCUGUCUGCAUGAGCGAUCAUGAAGAAAAGCUGCAAAAUAAGAUUCUCGCUCGUAAUCAGGAACAGCGGCCGAGAACCCAGAAUUACCGAAAGACGGAAAUCCUAUAGCUUCGAUUUCAUCUUAAGGCUGGAAACUUCAUGAAUGCAACUCAGCGUAACUAAAUAAAAAAAAGGCCGGACUUGUCAUGAAAUAUUGAAUUUGUUUCAAUUAAGGGGAGUUACAGAACUUGCAUGGUGAUGAUCAUGACCCUAAAAUGUGAAGUAUGUAGUAAUGCUUCAGUUCUUAUUUCAUUUCAAUUGGUCUCUGCAGACUUGAGAGAGAUUAGUGAGCUGUCAUUCUGUAAAGAAUACUAAAACUCUGCAAAUCUUUUGGAUAGGGUUGCACUGGAUGGCAGCUGAUGUAUUUGCACUUGCAUUGCACCAAAUCCUCAUGUACAGUAAUGUCAUGCAUAACUUGGAAGAAUCUGGACAGAAUUAUUCAUGUUCUGAAGCUUUUAAGUGACUUUCAAAACUCUAUGGAAAAGAAAUCAGAGGCCUCUUGGUACUUU